AUGUCUGACAUCGAGGAGAAUCUGGAUCCCGAGCCGCCGGUCAUCGAUCCCUAUGAGGUCCUUGGACUGGAGCGCGAUGCGUCCCCCGAUCAGGUCAAGUCUGCCUACCGCAAAGCGGCGCUGAAGCACCACCCAGACAAGGUCCCCGAGUCGCAAAAGGCAGAGGCACAUAGCACUUUCCAGCGCAUCGCCCUCGCCAACGCGAUCCUAUCAGACCCGCUGCGGCGCAAACGCUACGACACAACCGGCUCCACCUCAGAAGCCAUCCUCGACGCCGACGGCUUUAACUGGACCGAGUACUACCGCGAGGCGUACGCAGACUCCAUCAAUGCUGACGCCAUCAACAAGUUCGCCCAGAAGUACAAGGGCAGCGACGAGGAGAAGGACGACGUCCUUGUCGCGUACGAGAAGUUCAAGGGGAACAUGGACAUGCUGUACGAGACCGUCAUGCUCAGCAACGUGCUGGAGGACGACGAGCGGUUCCGCGAGAUCAUUGACAAGGCCAUCGAGACCGGUGACGUCAAGGCGUUCAAGGCUUACACCAAGGAGAGCACGGUGUCGAAGGAGGCACGGAAGCGUGCGGCCAGAGACGAAGGACUCGAGGCAGAGGAGUAUGCGAAGGAGCUGGGCGUACAUGACAAGCUCUUUGGGAGCAAGAAAGGUGCCGGCUCCAAGGGAAAGGGCAAGGGCAAGGCGAAGGGAAAGGAUAGUUCCGAGGACGCGCUCGCGGCGCUCAUCAGGAGCAGGCAGAAAGAGCGUGGCGAUGCGUUCCUGGAUUCACUGACGGAGAAGUACGGUGUGACUGCGAGCUCGGCAAAGAAGGGCAGGAAGAAGCACGUUGAGGAGGAGGAGGAGCCGGACGAGGAAGCCUUCCAAGCCGCUGCUGCCAGGCUCGGCAGGAAAAAGAAGGCCAGCGAGGACCCCGCGCCCAAGGCGAGUAAGAAGACACGGCGUUGAAGUUCUUGCGUGGUCUGCUUCCUGUUUGCAUUUUACAGCAUGGCGUUGGGGUCUCGUCACGGAAAGGGCAAAGAGUCAAUGGAAUUGAAUAAUAGUCAGAGUUAAUAUGUUGCUGACGAGGUACUUAUCUGAUGUUGCCAACCUACGGUUACUCUGGG